UGGGGGGUCCCGGUGGAACGCGGCACGCGCGGGGACCGGUUUUGGGAAACUCGUGGCAGGGAAAAACGUCGAGGUGCAGCUGAAAGGGUACUUGAAAUGACGAAAUCUGUGUGUGAUCCAUCGGCCAAUUUUUAUGGCAUGUUGGGCGUCAGCAUGUCCAUUGUCUUGGCCAACCUGGGUGCAGCCUACGGCACAGCCAAGAGUGGCGUGGGCAUCGCGAACCUCGGGAUCAUGCGACCCGACAUGGUCAUGAGGUCGCUGAUUCCUGUGGUCAUGGCUGGUGUGUUAGGUAUCUACGGCCUCAUCACGGCGGUGAUCAUCAAUGGUAAGAUCCACGCUCCCUCCUAUUCGGCGUAUUCAGGUUACGCCCACCUAGCAGCAGGCCUGACGGUGGGCAUGAGUAGUUUGGCGGCCGGCAUGGCCAUCGGCGUGGUGGGCGACGCCGGCGUGCGCGCCAACGCACAGCAGCCCAGACUCUUCGUCGGCAUGAUCUUGAUCCUGAUCUUUGCGGAGGCACUGGGCCUCUAUGGCUUGAUCGUUGGCUUAGUGGUCGCAUCCACCGCGGAGGGCAAGGGGUCCGAUCUCUGCAUCCCCUGGGACAGCGCCCAGUGAGUCUCUUGGGGGGCCGUGCUAGGCGGGCGAAGGUAGGGCCAUCGGCCGAAGGAAAGAAAUCGUAACUUGAC